GUUGAAGGUUCGCAUCAAAAGUACCAAUGGAAUUGGAGAAACCAAUGAGCGCGAAUGACCGGAAGGAUGUUUGUGGUGAUAAUGAUGUGGAAGUGAUCCGACGCGUUUUAGAUGAAAUGAUAGGGAGCCGUUUGAAAGUAGUCUACCAGCAUGAACUUGUUUGCAUUUCUGAUUCUGAGUGCUGGAAGGAAACGGGGAUAAGAUUAUUAAAUGGCAGCACAUCUCGCAUUUUUGAUGGUGAAAUCAAUGAAUUGAAAGAAGGUCCACCGAAAAAGCGAAGAAAAGAUGCAUCUGAUACCAACUCUGACUGGAAUGAUGAACGUGCAAAAAUACGGUCCGCUGCUGUUGAUGCUGAUUUUAUUCAAAAAUUCAGUUAACUUAUUAAAUAUCCAUAGUUCUUUAUCUUCCAUUCUUGUCGC